AUGCCGAUCCGACCUCUCGAUGAAUGGGCCGUUGGCCGUACCCAGUCCCUACCCCUCUCAGCACUGAAGGGUGCCGUUGUUGGCAUUGAUGCGUCGCACUACAUCAACCAACAUCUCGUGAACCAGUCAACCCGGGAAGCGCUUCUAGGCGCACUAGGCGGAUUCCCGUUCGCCUUGAGGAGUAAUAUCGAGAAGGAAUUGCAGACUUUCAAGAACCUUGGUGUCGCCACUAUCUUCGUCUUCAAUGGGUUGGAAUUCGGCAAGAAAGAGCACCGCGCCCAGCCCGCAUCGACGCGCUCAUUCGACCAAGCUUGGGACCUUUACGACCAGCAACAGGCAGACCAGGUAGUCGAUGCCUUCAGCAGUGCUGGCACCCCGCCCCCGGAGACACUUUUCAAGUUCCUUCAACGAAUCUUGACCCAGAACGGAGUGGAAUUCAUCGUAGCGCCAUACAGCGCCGUGGCUCAGCUCUCCUACCUCGCCCGUGGUAGCAAUCCUGUAGUCGAUGCCGUUUUCGCCCCCUCCGAGGCCCUCUUGUUUGACCUUGACAAGCUGGUCACCCGUAUCGACACCGAGCCCGCGCAAUUCUUCUGGAUCACGAAGCAAACCUGCCAGGAGGAGCUGGGUCGACUUUCAAAUGAACAAUUCCUGGACUUCUGUUUACUACUGGGAUCCCCCUUCCUGCGCUCCCUCCCACUCUUUGAGAACCCUGCUUACCCCGGCAAAAGCCCCACCAUUCGUGAUGCGUUGCCGAUGUUCAACGCAGCCGGACGCAGUGCAUUGACACUGUGCGCCCAAUUUGAAGAAGAUCGCCGUAUGCAGGAGCUUCACUACGCAGACUUGUAUAAGCGAGCAUAUAUGAUUGUGAAGCAUCAUGUCUAUAUUGACGUGGAAGGUCGAGUCGGACCCAUGGAUCCAGAGAAUACCUCGUCGGAUAUGCAUGAGCUUAUCGGGCAGCGCCUCCCAGAGGAGCUAUACUUCUAUCUCUCUAAAGGUAUCAUUGGAGCUGAUGUACCCAACUUCCUCACGACUGGCGAAGUUCGCAUCUCGCUACCGCUGGGUACCGAAGACACCGAGAUUUACCGCCGGCUUGUGGGUGAGAUUUUGACACCCAUCCGCACCCAGUCUAUUUGCCUUUUAGCAAACUCGCUUCAUCGAUUCUAUCAAACGAAAGUCAUUCGGAUCCGCCCAUGGUUCGAUGAGAACUCAGAGCGGACGAUCAACCUCAAGGGCAUCCCAUCAGUCAAGGAAACCAUCAAUUCCUGGAAGAUCCAUGGGGAUAAAUUCCCCGAAAGUAUCAAGAAGCUUCAGGCGCCUCGCGGGUCGUUUAAGUUUGCUGUCCAGAGCUUAAGUGACUCUGAGUUUGCGUCCAAGUCAUUUGCUAAUAAAGAAACACCUGCACUUUCAUUGCAGGAGGAUAUUUUAUCUAAUGUUAUGUGGCGCUUCCUACAACUCCGUGGAUACGUUGACGACAAGCACAAGCUCACUCCGUGGGGCCAGUGUCUAGUGCAGGCACUAUCAGCCAUCGAUCCUGCGGACAACCUCGAGGAACCUAUAUUCAUUGCGAUUGAGAUGAUCCGCUUGGGUCUUCUCAACACUAAGAACUGGUUCUCACAUGUAUCUGGCGGUCCCAUGAGAGGGUCCGAAGACGACAAGACCUUCAAUAUGCUGGUUUCGCGUGUUGCAUGCGUUGCCAAGCUUCAGCACAAGAGCAUUGGAUAUUCUGGACCUUUAAGCCGUCAACUUCUUUGCUACCGCUCUUUGAUUUCUGCGGUGCGCUCUGCACUGAGGAAUCUGAUCGAGGUGGUACUGGCUGGUCUGCUGCUCAGUGGUGACGCUGAUCGGGACCGCAACGACUGGACUGACAUGGCUAUCAAGCUUCCGUUUAUUGAUGAUAAUGACUGUGGACUUGGAAUUGCGGUUCGAACUUACCUCGACGACCUACCUCUACAGGCGAAUCCGACAUCUCCCGAGGCUCGAGCGGAUGUCAAGGCAAAGGGCAAGGAAUGGUUCCAACACAGCGAGAGCUUUAUUGGAAACUUGGAUUUGGCAUUCAAGCUGUGGGAUGCGGUUUACGUAGGCACACAGAGUACGGGCAAGGAGUUCAAAGAAGCAGAGCUCUGGGAAGACGCAAACAAAUGGCUGGCAGAGAGACGAUGA